CACACACACAGAAAAAUCAGAUUACUUUCUGCAAUGUAUGUGAACCUACAAAGCCAUAGGUUAGUAAAUACUUUCAAAUAUGAAAAUCAACAGAUGCUGGGAUAAAACUCAAAAAGAUUAGUCAGAAAGCUUCAGCAGAAAGAUGUAGUGGUCACUUUCCUAUCAUAUGCCAAUAAAGCAAACCAAACAGCAUAAAAGGGCCUGUUUACCAAGGUUUCGACAUACGAAAAUCUAUAAGAAAUACCAUGAUAUCCCUACGUGAUGUCUACCAUGUUGUGGCAGCCACUAUACCUUUAUAUGUUGUCAUGAUCUUAGCCUAUAUCUCUGUAAGGUGGGGGAAACUCUUUUCACCAGAGCAAUGCUCUGGAAUCAACAAGUUUGUAGCGAAAUUUUCAAUACCUUUAUUGUCCUUCCAAGUGAUAUCAGGAAGCAACCUCUACAAAGUAAACCUGAAGCUUCUAUUAGCAGAUUUCAUUCAAAAAUUUCUUGCUGUCUUUCUACUGGCAAUUUUUGCCAAACUGAAGCCCAAAGGAAACCUGACUUGGAUCAUAACAGGUCUUUCAGUUUCCACCCUUCCAAACACCUUAAUCUUGGGGAUCCCGCUAAUUAAGGCCAUUUUUGGUGAUGCGGCAGCAGAACUACUAGCGCAACUAAUUGCACUACAGAGUUUAGUCUGGUACAACCUCCUCCUACUCCUGUUCGAGCUCAAUGCAACAAAAGAAUCUUAUGUGAUGUCACCAUCAGAAGUAGCAGUUGAGCUUGAGGUCCCUGGAGAACCAGAACUAGAAAAGGACGGUGAGGAGGAAGCAACAGACAGACCCCCAAGGAAGAAAACAAUUAUGGUAAUUCUUCUAACAGUUGGAAGGAAACUCAUAAUAAAUCCUAAUACACAUGCAACUCUAGCCGGUAUUAUUUGGUCAAGCAUACACUUCAGGUGGGGAGUCAAUCUGCCAAAAAUUGUUGAACAAUCAAUAUCAAUACUUUCAGAUGGUGGACUAGGAAUGGCAAUGUUUAGCAUAGGUGUUUUCAUGGCAUCCCAAGCUAGUAUUAUAGCAUGCGGAACCAAAAAGGCAAUAUUAGCAAUGGCACUGAAGUUUGUUCUUGGACCUGUUCUCAUGGCAAUCUCAUCUAUUGCUGUUGGACUAAGGGGACAAUUGUUUAGAUUGGCAAUAGUACAGGCAGCCCUUCCCCAAGGAAUCGUUCCUUUUGUGUUUGCCAAGGAGUAUAACAUACAUCCAACCAUCUUAAGUACAGGGGUAAUCUUUGGCAUGCUGAUUGCAAUACCAAUUGCUUUGGCAUAUUAUUUCCUGUUGGAAAUAUGAAACUCAGACAUGGUCAUUGCAGUUAGCAGUUAUUCACAGAUUCAUCAGAGAUACAGUUUGCUCUUCUCUAACAACAUUCAACUGUAGAGGGUUACGAUAAAGAAAAGGCAAAAAUCUUAGUGACAGUUCUUGUAUAAAAGAAUAAAGGAUGAAUGUGUGUCAAUUUAUCUUACCAACUCAUUUAUUAUAUUAAAACAAGAGCUAGCAAUUAGCAUGCAUGAAUAAAAUCCAA